AUGCCCUUUGUGUUGAGCCUUAAAGAGUCCUUUAGACAAGUAUUCCAAAUGCGAAUUCUGCUAAAUGGACAUAAUGCAAUUCACCGGGAAGGUAGCAACGUAAAAGGAGCAUACAACAUCGUCGCAGACACCCACUCCCGCAGUGACAUGGUUUCUGUUUCAUGGCAAAAGCAUAGAAAUGUGAACAGUCAAAUCACCGUUCGCCAAUGGCCUAAGUUGACGAUGACGCAAGUCGAGACAUGUCUACGGUAA